UAGAAAACAGGGAAUUUCUGCUUUGCUCUGUUAACUCCAGGCUGUGCGGUUCAAGAGAUCUGAUUGGCUCUUUUGAUGAGAGUUUCUGCCAAGUAAAACAAAGGAUGAAGCGAAGGUAGUUAAAGCAGGUUCAAAACAAAUUGAGCAAUUCAGAUCUGGGUGUCAGACACAGUCUGAGUUUCUCUUCUCGUCACCUCAUCUACCGCAGCAGAGCACAGGGCAGAACAUAUGGAGACUAACAACACCGAAGCACUUCAGGCAGACUUUGAUGUAUUUGAAAUUUCUGAGGAGCUUGGAUUUAUCCUCAAGGAGCCACUGACGAACCUUCCAGACUAUUAUCGGGUGUGGCUGGACCUGGCAAAUAAUCUCACACCUCUGAUAGAGUCACGUAAACUACGGGACCUGGUUCAUAAGAUGCCGGUGUUGAGUCCCCAUCUCUUGAGCAACCACAGGGAGCUCAGGCUGGCUCAGCUGGUGCUGGGGUUCAUCACCAUGGGAUACGUGUGGCAGAAUGGACAACAUGCACCUGCUCAGAUUCUCCCUAAAGCUCUGGCCUGGCCCUACUGGGUGGUGUCUCGCAGACUUGGACUUCCACCCAUCUUAACUUAUGCAGAUUCAGUUUUAGCCAACUGGAAAUUAAAGGACCCCAAAGGGGCAAUGGAAAUUGGGAACAUGGAUUUGAUAGUUUCCUUACCCGGGGAAGAGAGUUGCAGGGGAUUUUUCAUUGUGUCGUUAUUUGUCGAGAUGGCUGCUAGCUCAGGCAUAAUGGGGGCUCUGGUGGUGAUGCACGCAAUGAAAACCUCUGACCUCAGUGGCGUAUGGAACGGUCUCAUCAAAGUAACUCAGUCUUUGAGGAAGAUGAAGGAAACUUUCAAACUCAUGCACAAUCACGUAGAUCCGACUGCGUUUCAUGGAACAUUGAGAAUUUUUUUCUCAGGGUGGCGAGACAACCCAAUGCUUCCAAGAGGGCUGUUGUACGAAGGUGUGAGCAAUGAGCCAAUUUCGUUAUCAGGCGGAAGUGCAGCCCAGAGUUCAGCCUUUCAGUGUUUCGAUGCUUUGCUGCGCGUCCGGCAUGAAGAUGAGACAGGGGCCUACCUGACACGCAUGAGGGAUUACAUGCCUCCUGCCCACCGUCAGCUGAUAGAGACUCUCUCUGCUCUUCCACCUCUGCGAGACUUGAUCUCCUCCUGCUCCAGCUCUGAUCUCUGCCAGGCCUACAACACCUGCGUGUCAGCGCUGGUGGAUUUACGGAGCUACCACCUCAAUAUUGUGACCAAGUACAUUGUCAUGCCUGCUAACCAGGCCCGAGCCGUGAGCUGCCCACUCGGAGGCAUGGCUACCCUCAAAGGGACUGGUGGAUCCAACCUCAUGGUCUUCCUUAAGAGUGCUCGUAACAAUACACAAAAAUCACUGAUCUUAGAGACAUCACCUGUGUCAAAAGAAACCGAAAUGUCACAUAUUACCUCCGUGAAGAAGAUGUUUUCACCACUGUCUGUGCUUUGGUUGGUUUGUUUGUUUGUAAGCAAGAUGAUACAAAACCUACUGGGCACUUUUACCAGGAAACCUGCUGGAAAGAUGCAGUAGAGGUCACAGAAUAUCCCGUUAAAUUGUGUUGCUGAUCCAGAUCGGUGGGGGAUCCGGGAAUUUCUUUUUAGCACUUCCUUUAACAAUGAAACACAAUCUUGGUUUAUAUGAUGUGAUCUGGUGCAGAUCAUAAUAAAAGCGAGAUUAUAGUUUGACUAGUGUUAAGAUAUUCAAUCAAAAUGACUAGAACGUUCAUUUUUGAACCACUAUCUCAAACAAAACGUCAAACUCUUUAAUGUACUUUUUAUUUGGCAGGAUUGGGCUUCCAUAGUUUUUAAUACUAACGUAAUCACAUCUACACAAUCUACACAAACUACACAAUCUACACAAACUAAUAUGGCAUCAUCUGAUUUGGAAUGUGAUGAGAUUGGACACAAGAUAAUGACACGUUGAUAUAAGUCUAUUUUUGUAUUUAUUCUCUUGAUGGGAUGUUUCUUGUUAUUUGGACUGAGCUCAUACUGACGUUUAAUGCAAGGAAACACAGCCCCGGUCAAAAUAAUACAUUUCACUGGGCGUCUAAAUAUACUCACUGGGUGUUGACUGAUGUGUCUCAGCCCGUAUUAUACAUGUGUCUCAAACAGUGGAAGCAUAACAAGGUGCCAGGGAGAAACAGACAAUGGGAAUGUGGAAAUAAAUGU